AUGGCAAGGCUUUGGGACCUUGCCAUCCUCACAGGUGACGCAGCACUGGCCCGGCGCUGCUCUCAGCAGUGCCGCUUGCCACUCCGACGGUGGCAGGCCCAAGAUCUCUUCAAAAUGCUGCGGGGGCAGGGUUGGUGCAUUGCGGCUGCGGCGCCUGAGGUAUUGACGGCAGCCAUCACAUCAGGCUUGACAUUCCAAGGUCUUCACUACACUUACUUUGGGCAGCUCCUCCCUGCAGACUGCCUGAUUCCGUUCAGAGAGGCUGUGGCGCUGUGCGGUAACAUGCAAUUAUGGCGGCAGCUUGAACCCCACCUUGGGCCUCCGAGCUCUUGGGAGUUGGGACCACGCAACCACUUGUCUCAGAUUCUUCUGCUUGUGGAGGACGGGCUACAGUGGAAGCUCUGUCCUGACCGGCUCAGCACGGCAUUGGCAGCAAAGCUGCCAUUGGACAAGCUGGUGCUUCUUCUGGCGUGCGGCACACUGCCUCCAUCCUGUGGCCUUUCCUUACUGGACCUGGCCAUCGCGUGUGGCCAGGCCUCCGCAGCGCAGCAGCUCCUCGCCCAGGGCAUUCCUCCAACCUCCUGGACUUCCUUCCUCUGCCUGCACUGCGCCUGCCCAGGAUGCGAAGGAACCCUCGACAUGUUCUACGCCGACUACAUCGACACCGACUCCCACGUGGCGCCUCUGCCACAGCGCCGGGAGGCCGCGCGUCGCGCGAUGCGGAGCGCCCGCGCCCAGGCGCCCCGGAUGGCCAUUGGGCUCUAUCAGCUCAUGCGCUCCUGGAGUCGAGGCAGACAAGUCUCGCUUGGCUUGGUCCACAUGAUCCUGGACUGGGUGCCCCCGGCUGGCUGA